UUUUCGUAGGUCUGAAGUAGUUCGCCCUAGACGGUAGCGAUUUUCUUCAGCCUAUCAAUUCUCGGAACAUCAUCGUUAAAGCGUGGAGAUAAGUGGUGUUUGCCAGAUCACUAACUAGUUGAAAGUGUGAAAGUGUUAUAUCUUCGGAAAGGAAGUAGCAAUGGCGUCGUACGCAUCGUGGAUGCAGCAACAACCGCUGCUGGGUGGAGCAAUUGCCGCCAAUCUGACGGUGGUAGACAAAGUUCCCCCGGAGAUGCUGCACAUGGUGGACGCCCACUGGUACCAAUUUCCCCCGAUGAACCCACUGUGGCAUGCCAUGCUGGGCUGGGCCAUUGCCAUGCUCUGCUUCAUCUCGAUCGUUGGCAACGGCAUGGUCAUGUACAUCUUCACCAAUACCAAGGCGCUCCGAACCCCCUCCAACUUGCUGGUCGUUAAUCUGGCCUUCUCGGACUUCCUAAUGAUGUUUACGAUGGGACCGCCAAUGGUGAUCAACUGCUAUUACGAGACCUGGGUUCUGGGACCUUUCGCUUGUGAGCUGUACGGCAUGUUGGGAUCACUUUUCGGUUGCGUCUCGAUCUGGACCAUGACUCUGAUUGCCCUGGAUCGUUACAAUGUCAUUGUGAAGGGUCUCUCGGCCAAGCCGCUGUCCAACAAUGGAGCCCUGGUGCGCAUCUUGGGCGUUUGGUUCGCUACCCUGUGCUGGACUUUGGCCCCCUUCUUCGGCUGGAACCGUUACGUACCGGAAGGAAACAUGAGCGCUUGCGGAACUGACUACCUGACCACCACCUGGGAAAGCCGCUCCUAUAUCCUGGUUUACUCGAUCUUUGUCUACUUCACCCCGCUCCUCACCAUCAUCUACUCGUACAUCUUCAUCAUCAAGGCUGUCGCUGCUCAUGAGAAGAACAUGCGUGAACAGGCCAAGAAGAUGAACGUUGCCUCGCUCCGAUCGGCGGAAGCCCAGAACACGAGCACCGAAAUGAAGCUGGCCAAGGUUGCCCUGGUCACCAUCUCGCUGUGGUUCAUGGCCUGGACUCCGUAUCUGAUCAUCAACUACACUGGCAUCUUCAAGGCUUCCCCCAUUAGCCCACUGGCCACCAUCUGGGGAUCGCUCUUCGCCAAGGCCAAUGCCGUCUACAACCCAAUCGUGUACGGUAUCAGCCAUCCCAAGUACCGUGCUGCGCUCCACAAGAAGUUCCCAUCGCUGUCCUGCACCGAUGCCGCUUCUGAUGAUUCCCAGUCUACCGGAUCCGGAACUACCGCCGUCGUUAUGGAGGAGAAACCAUCCGCCUAAAGUGCUCGGUGCCAAAGCAAAGACUCGCUAACCCUGGGAGAUCGUUCAUGAGGACAUUACACUCUAUUGGAAUUAUAUCGUUAGAAUAUUAAACGUUAUUGUGAGCAAUUUUUAAUCAAA